GGCGCUCGGCUAGGGUGCUGACGAAAUAUACGAACUUUCGAGAAAAACGGGAGAGGGUAAACUCUGGUCUUUUGCACGAGGAGGUUACACAACGUGCGCAAGUGUGCUUGCCGGUAGGAGAUAUCAGACUAAAAGCGAAAAAGAAUCAAAUUAACAUGGCUACUAGUGUUGCUGCUAAUGCAGUUAAAAGGCUUGUUCCUUUGUUCGAUAGAGUUUUGAUAAAAAGAGCAGAAGUUAUAACCAAAACAAAAGGAGGCAUUGUUCUUCCUGAAAAAGCACAAGCUAAAGUAUUACAAGGGACUGUUGUAGCUAUAGGACCUGGCUCUCGAAACAAUAAAGGCGAACAUGUACCCUUGAGUAUUAAGGUUGGUGAUACUGUGCUGCUACCUGAAUAUGGUGGUACAAAAGUUGAACUUGAAGACAACAAGGAAUAUCAUCUAUUUCGUGAAUCUGAUAUUUUAGCAAAACUAGAAGUUUGAAUGUCUACUAAGUAUAGAAUAACAACACAUUUUUGUAAGUUCUCAAUAAACAUCAUUUGAAAAAUC